CCGUGGCAGCACGUCAACCGUUAGCUCUAUCUUCAGGAGACCACGAAACUUCUAACGUUUGUUGAAAUAAUGCUCCAAAGCCUUUAGAUUUUAUAUGUUGUGUAUUUCACAGACUGUGCUGUGGCUCCAGUGAAACUGUCACUCGAUGUUUGAGAGUCCUGGAUUUGCUACGUUAACGUUUGCCUCAGCAAGCUAUCAAACGAAGCUACAUAACUAGCUACCUCAGCUUACAUCACUACUGUUAUUUGGGGAUGGACGGGGAUUUUCUGCUCGCAAUCCAGUUGCAGGAGCAGUUUGACAAUGAGUACGAGUCUUCGGUGUUUUCAUCAAACGGGUUUGAGGACGAUGAUCUGGGACAAAGCAGUAAGAAACGGAAGGUGGAGGUAGCUGGAGGUGGUGGCAGCGAUGUUGUGCCCUACUGGAAGCCUGCUGCCCAGCCCGAGAGGCCGCUGUCUAUCGUGGACGAGAGCUGGGAGAUGCUGGACCCCAACCCAGAUAUCAGAGCCAUGUUUCUGGAGUUUAAUGACAUGUUCUUCUGGGGGAAACUGAGUGGGGUUGAGGUUAAAUGGAGCCCCAGAAUGACACUGUGUGCUGGCGUGUGUUCAUAUGAAGGCCGAGGCGGACUGUGUUCAAUCAGACUCAGUGUGCCUCUUCUGAAGCUCAGACCAAGAAAAGACCUGGUGGAGACUCUCCUUCAUGAAAUGAUCCACGCACUGCUAUUUGUGACCCAGAACAACAGAGACCGCGAUGGUCAUGGUCCUGAGUUCUGCAAACACAUGAAUCGGAUCAACGACGCCACAGGGACAAAAAUUUCUAUCUACCACAGUUUCCAUGAUGAGGUCGAUGUGUACCGACAGCACUGGUGGAAAUGUGACGGGCCGUGCCAGAACCGCAAACCCUACUUUGGCUAUGUGAAGAGGUCCAUGAACCGGGCUCCGUCUGCUCUGGACCCCUGGUGGGAGGACCACAGGAGAACAUGUGGAGGGACCUACACCAAGGUUAAAGAACCUGAGGGCUACGGUAAAAAAGGCAAGAAGGAUGGGAAGUCUUUGGAGAAGAAGGGACCAGGAAAUGGAAAGCCUUCGAGUACAAUGACAGGAUUACAGGACAUAAGGAACAUUAUCCCAUUUAGUGGCAAAGGCUUCCUGCUGGGAGGGAAGUCACAGCCCUCCACGUCUCAAACCUCAGCAGUUCCUGUCCUGAAAACAUCCUCCUCCAGCCCUGUAUCCUCUCCAGUGAAACUACUCACUCCUUCACCUCCUGCUAAAAGUCUCAAUUCUCCUGUCCGCUCAAAUGUGGAUACCAAAGGACUCCCUAACCUCUUUCCUUCAGUCAAACCUGCUCCCUCCACAGGACCAAAACCACCUAUUAAGAGGUCUGUUAGUAACACACGAGUUUUUGUUAAUGUUAAUGGCUCACCAGUGAGAAUCUCGAAACCUCAAGGUGGCAGUAGCAGCAGCCAGGAAGCUAAUAGAAUCAAACAGAAGUCCAUAGAAGACCUUUUUAACAGCACAAACAUCAGAAAACCUCUGAGUCAAACAUCAAACUCUAACACUGAUAGUGGAAAAGAGUCACCAAACAGAACAAGUGCUAUCUCUGCUUCUUCCUUCUUUCCUAAAGGACAAAGUAACAACUCUGCUUCCUUUCCUACAUCUAAACCUAGUCCCAGCAGACCCAGCAGUUCUAUGUCUUCUGCUUCCGGAAUCAAAGGCAGCCCAAUUAAACCGACACAAUCCAAGUACUUCAGUAAUUCUAACAGUGACAGUGCCUCAGGAGAAGUUUCCAGGAAAAGACCAUGGGAUGAGCGCAGCAGCUCUGCAAGCAUCUCUGACUUCUUCCAGAAGACAUUAGGCAGCAAUUCAGCAGCGUCGAGGGAGUCAGGACAGAUAAGAUCACCUGCAAUGCAGCAAAGAACAAACGCCACGGCUUCUACCAGCUCCUUGUCCUCGUCCUCCUCUUCCUCUACUUCCUCCUCUGCAUUAAUGGUCAGCUGUCCUGUGUGCCAAGCUAAAGUGCUGGAGUCAAAGAUCAACGAGCAUCUUGAUUCAUGCCUCUCCUGAAUGAGGAGAAGGAUACAUACAGGAAAAUAAAAGAUGCUGAAAUAGAAGAAAAAUCAACCUCCAAAUAUCUAUCUAAGUUUGUGUGUUACAUCGAUCUAAAGGUGUCCUAAAUAUCCUUUUAAAUUUUGAAAUCUUUACCAUUUAGUGGGAUAACUUCUCAUUAAGAAGAUGUUUUGUGUAGGCUGUUAAAGGUUUGGUAUACUUUGAUACUUUUAUUGAUACUAUGCAUUUUAAAACAAUAGUCUUUGUAUUUUAAUGAUGGAAAAGUUUAAAAAAAACGCAGAAGCUUUGAGAGGAAACUACAGAUCUUGAGUCAGGUUUUUUGCUUAAAGUAAAGCCAAGUCCAAACGUGGGUGAGUAUUUUCGAAAGCAGAGGUUUUCAAAAAUAAUCCAGCCCCAAUGAAAAGGCACUGUUGCAUGUUGUAAAGAGCAUGCCAUGUCAGCAGAAGUCUGUUCUUCACUGGCAGCUCAAUCAGACUGUAAUGAUGUCCUUGAUUUGCUAAUUUUUCUUGCCCCCUCUUCAGUGACCACCACUGAUGUUGGCAGCAGGGUUUGCAUCUUCAGAGUAUUGUAUGAAGCAUCAGUAACCUCCAUUCAGAGGUCUCUGUUCUUCAGCAUAUUGGGAGUGUAACUGUGCAUGUAUGCUAAGGAAUGUCAAAGGUCCAGUUAGGAAUGCUGAAACCAAGAACAAGAAGUUUAGUUCCUGCCUUUCCCAUUGAAACCAAAUGAUAAUGUUGCAUAUCAGUGCCAUCAAACAGAGGAGAAAUCAGCAUGUAGUGUAAUGCUACAAGCCCAAAGCUCUAGGAGGUUUUUGGGGACAUGAAAUGCAGUUUUCUUGUAAACAAAAGGUCAAAACACAUUAGAAAAACCUCAGUUUUGAAAAAUACACACCCACACAUGGACUAGGUAUAACAAACCUAAGUUUUCCACAUGUUUGACUCUCAAUAAUGGAAUACCUUCCUGUAUUAGUGCCUGUUUGACCGUUUCUGCCUUAUACCUGGAAAACAGCAGGGUUUAAAGGAUAAUGUAUGCUAAAGGGCUUUUACUUGAACAAAUUGUCUGCUAAAAGAAAAAAUCAUUUUAUUUUAGAAAACUGAAACAUUUCAUUUUUUGUCCAGUGUUACUUUUUGGGUGUUGAAUACAGGCAGUUGAUUAAAAUUUUCUGCUAUGAUGUGAGGGCUGGCCAUAUAUGGCUUGAAUCAGAUGCAGUGCUAUCUCUGUAUAAAGUUGUUGUACCUCCUGUGAGGUUGGCAGGGUUAUCCUGUUGUCUCCUUCACCCCUAAUCUGACUCUGCUGUCCUUCAGACAGCAGGAGGAGACACCCACUGACCCCUGCUGAUCUACAAGAAUCAGGUUUCACAUUUGCAAGCUAUUUAUUUUCUGCACGUCUUCACAUUUACUCUGCACCAUUCUGCAGGGUCAGGAAGGACUAAAGUCUGCCUUCUGCUGAGUAAUAAUAAUGUUCUGUGGUGCUGCUGUACUUCAUCCAUCAGAUAUGAAGAAGGUUAAUUAAGGAUGGGUUAGUUUGACAGUGUGCUGCUACAGGAUGACAGUUUUUUUCUGUAUGUUCAACUUUUAUAUGUUGUGUUUUAAAGAAAAUGUUGAAGAUGUUUAAUUUUUUGCCAAA